GAUCGCCGAAUAAAACAUCAUGUGACGCAGACGCGUAGUACACACGUGUAACAGCGAUCGCGUUUGUCAAUAAUCGCUUUCAUGACGGUCUCAUAAGCUAACUAGAGAAACAACGUAAGCUCUCAUAUAGGCAUUAGAUCUGUUCGUUAUUGAAGCUCAUGUUAAAGACACUUCUUUUCACAAGGCCCCUCUGUAUCCUUGCAUCUUCGCUUCGCCAUGGCUCGCGGCGUAACAACCCCCGCUCCAACACAGCUACCCAAGGUGUCCUUCGUGAAGGUGCAAGAUGACUUCUUGACUCAGCCAACUGGCGUGCAUGACCAGCAGGCGCGGUCGUAUGGUUACAAUGAUAGCAGUGACUUUAUUAGACCGGAGCAUUAUAUUCGCUACAUUGAACCGCUUGAAAGCGAGUUGCUUGUACAAGUCGAGUAUGAUAUGGACGAGCAAGAUCAGGAAUGGCUUGAUGCUGUGAACGCCGACCGUAAGAAGGAGCAAAUUGACAAGGUCUCCUACGAGACAUUUGAAAUUAUCAUGGACCGCUUGGAGAAGGAAUGGUUCGAUCUUACUAAGAAUAUACCGAAACCGGAUUUGGCACUCCCCUCUGAAGACUCAACCUGCGCCAUCUGUGAUGAUUCGGAAGGCGAAAAUACGAACGCGAUCGUCUUCUGUGACGGCUGUAACCUCGCUGUACAUCAAGAUUGUUAUGGUGUACCAUAUAUCCCGGAAGGGCAAUGGCUCUGUCGAAAGUGUACUGUAUCUCCGGAGAACCCUGUGUCAUGUAUUCUAUGUCCAAACGAAGGGGGCGCAUUCAAGCAAACUACAGAUGGUGACUGGGUUCACUUGCUUUGUGCCAUCUGGGUUCCGGAAACUCGUGUAGCCAAUGAGGUGUUCAUGGAACCCAUUACUGGCGUAGAUCGAAUAUCAAAAUCACGUUGGAAGCUGAAAUGCUCUAUAUGCGAUGUUCGCGAGGGCGCCUGCAUACAGUGUAACAAGCCGUCCUGUUUCCUAGCUUUUCAUGCGACUUGCGCUCGGAAGGAGAGGUUACUCAUGCCAAUGAAGGCUUCGCAAGGUUCAGAAGCACCGCAGCUUGCCGCAUACUGUGAAAGACACCUUCCGAAGGAGGAAGCGGACAUUCGUGCUGCGGCCCUCAAAGCUGAACGCGCCGCCAGCAAUGCUCUUGACUCAGACAGUGAACAUACCGUUGUUGCAUCCCCGAAAUCAUCUAAGACCGCCCGUGCCUACGCAAAGACGUACAAGCCUGGUCCACCACUCGUACCUCAUAUCAUCGUUCGGCGACUUUUGCAAUACAUCGCCAGGAUCAACUUGAGACAUAAAGAGAAGUUUGUAUUGAUGGUGUGCAGGUAUUGGAGUCUGAAGCGGGAGGCGAGAAGAGGUGCGCCUUUGUUGAAAAGAUUGCAUUUGGAACCUUGGACUGCAAAUGGAGGCAGUCGACACCAAAGCGAUGAAGAUAAAGCCGUCAAACUUAAGUAUAUGAAGCGUGUCAGAAACGACCUCGAACUCCUCCGUAUGCUUUCUACUAUGUGCAUUUCUCGCGAAAAGCACAAGUUGCAACAAGGGGAUGCAGUGCGAAGUAUUAUCUCGCAUGCUUUUUACCCUCAUGAGCCUUCACUCAGAGCGGCCUUUGAGAGGUUUACAGCGGCCGACCGACAUGGCUAUUUCAGGAACCCCGUUUCUAAGAUUGACGUUCCAGAUUAUUACGAUGUAAUCAAACGGCCUAUGUGUUGGCACUGGAUUGAGCAGAAGAUCGAUGGCCAUGAGUAUUGGGACUUACAGGACUUCAAGGAUGAUAUAUACCUAGUUCUUAAUAAUGCCAUGCUUUACAAUAAGGCGGGGACGCAAUUCUACAAAACCGCGCAGAACAUUAAGAACAAAGCGGACUCUAUCCUCGCCGAUCUCGACAAACACAUUCAAGAACAUUCCGAGAUCGACUUAUCUCCUCCCGAAGAAGGCCCUCUAUCACUAUUCCCGCCGACUUCACCUCUCGCUAACCUUGAACCACCUAUAUCUUUGCUUGAACUCUUGUCCGUCAACGAUGCGAUCAAAGACGAAAUCGACCUCAUCCUCUCAGCUCCGCCGCUUGAGUCACUCUUUACCUACGAGUUCCCUGUGUUUAAACCUCCACCUCCUCCUAAGCCCAAGAAGCCUAGCCGUAAGGCGAAGAAGCAGAAAGAGCUUGAUUCGAGUCCUGGAUUCAGGGCUCCGCCGAGGACAAGAAAUGCCAUUGCUCAGGCAGCAGCACACGAGGCCGAGGCUCAAGUGGUUGCUGGUCCAAGCACAACUGCCGAAGCAGCAGAGGUUGAGAUGGCAGAGGUGGCAGAGACUGCGAAGAAAGCAAGUAAGAGAGGGAAACGCGCACCUAUCGUUCUUCCUGGACAGGCGGAAACACCACCAAUGGUGGAGGACGUCGAUAAGCAAGAGCAAUUCAAGAUGUUCGAUAAAGGCUGGAUUUUGCCUCCUGACCAUAGGCGUGGCGGGCGAGCUCCUGUCGAAAGAGGACCUGUUCCACCACCUAGGAAGCGUCAACGCGUUGGAGAACGGGAGAAAUCUCAUGUGUCCGCCGUUAGUGCAGUAGCCGUGGAGAGCGAGACUCUGCGAACACGUUCGCGUUCAACAGGUGCCGAUGGUUUUGGACCACGUUCAUCUGUUCCUCGCUCAUCUGUUCCUCGUUCGUCCGUCCCACGUUCUUCCGUUCCCCGCUCUUCCGUUCCUGCCCCUGAUCGUGUAUCCUCUCCGACACCGGUAGUCGAGGAAUCAAAGGCCAUAGAAGCUGAUGUUGAAGCAAGUCAUGCGGCCAUUCCUGAACCCUUUCCUAGCGGACCGACGGAACCGCCACGUGAACCCAUUCACCUUGCCUCUCCUGCUCCGCAACCUCCUGUUGAAUCUCUCGGUGAUGUGGGAAUGGAACAACCAUCACAUAUCGAGAUGGCACAACCUGUCGAAGAGAAGCCGGUCGAAGAACCAGAAGAGGAGGAAGAGGAACCUACACCUCGUAAGGUCAUUAUCAUUGAGACACUCGAUACUCCAGCGACGAGGCGCGAGAAAUACCUGCGAAAGAGAGAGGAACGAAGGCUGGCGAGGGAAGCUGAAGAAGCUGCGAUGGCUGCGAGGCUUACACGAUCGCAUGCCACCUUGGAGUCUGGCUUACCUGUUGCUGGACCUUCUCGCCUCUCGGUCGGCACCCAGGAACGUGGUGUCGAUGCGUUAUCUGAGCUGAGUUCUCUUAGUGGCCUCAGUGACGAAGAGGACGAGGAAAUGCUGAUAGCUGCUACUACCCGGGAAGAACGUACGGCAACUAGCAAAACACCUCCGCAAGAACGUCCACGGGAGCCAGGAGUCAUUCGAUUGGGUGAGGGCGAGAGACUCGAAGGAGGUACACUCGUCUGGGCCAAGUCAACGGGUAACCCAUGGUGGCCAGCAGUCGUUUUUGAGCGUGAUGAUGACGAAAUCCCAGAAAAGCUCUUUGACGAUCCUCACUCUGAAGAUGAACGAUUCCAUCUGGUGAGAUUCUUUGACCAGCCGAGAUCUUGGAUGUGGGCUACGUUGGACAAACUGCUCUUACUACACGAAAACCAAGCUCUUGAUGACGACAUGCUGGCUGUUAAAUCCAAACGUCAGACAUGGAAAUCCUCCGCAAGACGAUCUGAAGUCAGAAAGGCUUACCAGUCUGCUCUGGCUGAGAUGGAGACGUAGGAAACUCGUAACAUCGUUGUUCGGUUUCGUGCUGAGUCUCUAGCCGUACAACUUUGCUUUACUUCCAUGUCAGCUCUAGUGUACUUAUAUCUAUUUUUUUUCAUGAGGAAUCUUGAGCUAUCCAGCGAUUCUUGUCUUUGCCUCAGCAGAGUGACGGAUGACGGACCGAAACUCGGAUUCACUGGCUCACGGAAUAAUACAUAUUACAAUAGGCGACCAUUAUGGCGAGCACUUCAAAUGGAGAGAGAAUCAGAAUACCUGCCCAAUAGGAUAUGUUCAAAGUGGUCGAUGCAAUUUGCUACUUGAACUGCUGCAUUCAUAAUCGGGAAUGUGGAAGGUUUCAACGUCGUCGCGCAAUGCUACACAACCGACGAAUCCUA